AAGAAAAUGAAAUGCUGGAAUAUUUUUUAUGCAGGAUUUUACUUCAUUUACUUUUUAAGUAAAGAUUGUAUAAUGGUAUCCUCCGAAAACAGUGGAAGAAGAGUGGAAAUACGUUGUGAAAAAUCAGAAAGCUGCCCAUCAUCUAAUAAACGCGUGAUACAAGUAUAUUCGAAGUGUUCAAACUGUGCUUCUCCAACUGUGACAUACUCUUACUCUCCAUCAUGUCUAGCCUCACCUCCCGUUCGGCCUCCUCCGUGUCCAGCCUCACCUCCUCCUCGGCCUCCUCCGUGUCCAGUAUCACCUCCCCCUCGACCCCCUCCUUGUUCAGCCUCACCUCCUCCGUGUCCCGUCUCACCUCCCCCUAGACCUCCUCCCUACCCAGUGUAUGUAGUUUCUCCGUCAUGUCCAACCUCACCUCCUCCUGCUCCUCCUCUGUGUCCAGUGUAUUAUCCAGUUUCUCCACCUUGUGCAAUUCCCCCAUCUUGUCCUUCGUGUUUUAUUCCUCCUCCUCCUCCUCCUCCUCCAACAAAACCACCGAAACCGCCUCUUCCGCCACUUCCGCCAAUUCCAGCAUUUCCACCGAUUCCUCCACUCCCACCUAUUCCUCCUCUUCCGCCAGUUCCUCCACUUCCGCCAGUUCCUCCACUUCCUCCACUUCCACCAGUUCCAGCAUUACCAGUCAGAAGAUCGAAUAUGGAACCAAAUACAGAUCUUAAGGAUGCAGAGGAAAUUUCAAAUAAUGGUACUAGAGUAAUCAUCAAAAGAUAUCGGAUCGUUAAAUCAAAACCAUUUUCAUCCUCUUCAUCAAACAUAGAGAAA